AUGGAGUCCUACGUGGUGAGCUGUAAAUAUGCUGAGCCGCAGUUCCCGCCUUGUGAGGAAGAUUACAGUAAUUUUAGUGACCAAGGGGGGUAUUACAGCAACCCCCAGGACAGUGGUAGUUAUGGAAGGGGCUACCAGUCAAUGCAGCCCCCUCCGCCUCCCUACACACCACAACAAACCGGCUAUCAACACUCUUUGCAGGGGCAUCACCGGGAGGAUGGAGUGGACCACUCGCAGCCCCAAAGUGCGCCCUUCCCCGGACACAGAGACACAGAUGCCCCUGGUAAGGAGAGGUUCUCCGUGGGUGACCUACAGUGCCAGGCCUGGAUGACCUGUGCAAAACCCGCUCAGGUGCAGAGGAAAACGGCCUGCCAGGGUAAAGACAAGCCGCCUAUUGUUGUCUACCCGUGGAUGAAGAAAGUGCACAUCGCUCAGGUUAAUCCGAACCACAUGGGUCCUGAACCAAAGCGGCUGCGGACCGCUUACACGCGCCAGCAGGUUUUGGAGCUCGAGAAGGAGUUCCACUUCAGCCGCUAUCUCACGCGCCGCCGCCGAGUCGAGGUGGCUCACGCGCUCUGCCUAUCCGAGAGGCAGGUGAAGGUGUGGUUCCAGAACCGGCGCAUGCGCUGGAAGAAAGACAACAAGCUUCCCAACACCAAAGGACGCAGCAAAAACAAGAAGGCAACGGACAACAACAAUAACAACAACAACAACAAUAAUAACAACAGCAGUGAGAGUAGCAUCAAGGCAGUGAUCGCUGUCUGAAAACUUAAUAUGGGACGGCCGUGAGAGGCAGCCAUGUUAGCACCUUCAUACUCCAAAACAUAUGUUGCAAAAUUGAUCCAAUGUGUACGGAAGAGGAUUAGGGCCACAUGUGAAACAUUCAUUUGAGUUUAAAGUCAGAAUGCUGAGAUUAAAUUCUGACUUUAAACUCAAAUGGAUUUUUCCACAUGUGUCCCUAAUCCCCUUCCGUAAAGGUGUCUGCAGUCCUGAAACAAUCCUAAACUGUUCAUCCAUCUGUGUGUUGAAAAGUCUUCAAUGUAGCCUAUUUUGUCUUAUAUUUUAAUUCUUAGCCUGUUUCUGUUAUAUAUAGAGAGAGUUUACAUCCAAUUUUAGUCUUCACAUUUAAUUCAUUAAUGAAUGUCUUUGAUUUCUGGUGAAAUUGGGGGAAUUGUUUCAUAUUUAUAAAGCCGAUUUUAAAAUGCGUAAAAGCAUGGUGCCUAUUGGUUGCAGUGUUGCCAAACUCUCCCUGGAGAGAUUGUGUCUCUUUUGGAGAAAACAGGGUUUUUAUUUCUACAGGGUAAACAUAAUACAGGGUUGUUUUUUUUUAUAAUAGCUACCUAGAAGAUGAAAUAGCCUAACUUAUGAAUAUGCACAUUACCAAAAUGUUGUUUCCACAAACUGGCGCUUAACAGGGAAAACAAAAACAACGAACUUCCUACGAUACCUGACACACCAGAAACACCAAAUUGCUCUGCGGCUGACCUGCAGGAUGGUUGGACAACGAAUGUAGCUUUUGUUUUGUACAUACAGGAGCAGCCAAAAACAAUGCAUAUUUAGUAGGAUAAGUAGCCAUAUCGUGCUGAAAUUCUCAUCUCCAACGAGUGAAUACAUCUUUAAUAAUUUAGGGGGGAAAGUAAAAAGAAAAUACGCACGGGGAUAUAAAUAAAUAAAGAAUCGAAAAUGCAAACAGCCAAAUUGGAGGUAGAGGUUUCUAAUGCACGACACUGACUUAAAAUCCAACUUCUUUUCUCAGGGUUACAGGGUUUUAGCGAACAUGACGUUUGUUAUUUUAUUCAGCACCAAGAGGUUUAAAAUAAUCCUCUCUGAAAUAGCAUAAUGAUGCAUUUUCAAAGAAUAUGUUCUCUCUUUGAUUCCAGUUUAAUAUGCUAUUGAUUUCUAUUAUAGCCUACGUCAGUACUUAUUUUCAUUUGUAGCCUGUUAUUUAGAAGCAUAUUUUAUUAUCUGUAGCAAACAUCAUCUAUGUUCUUUUG